UGCUGAUGAGAUGCUGGGAAGCGCUGCACGCAAACGCUGCCUGCCGGCCCGCGUGGCUAACUCGAUGGCGCAGCAGCGCCUCGACAGCGCCGCGGCGCGCCGCGAAAGCGGGCGCGCUCCUCUCGAUAGCUUGUGUGUUGCCCCCUCAUCUCCAGCUGCCCCAGUGGCGAGACUAGGUGCCGAGUACUGGGGCGGAGAUAGGCCGCGACGCGGCCGCGGGCGGGCCACCAGACGGGCGUUGCGUUCUUGUGGGAGCGGAGGGAUGCUUUAUGGUGAGGCGCGGGCAGGAGCGCGUCGAUGACACCUCGCGACCGCGGCUUGACUUGAUGUUCAGGCAGCGGUCGCCUUGUGUUUGUGACUGUUCCCGUGACGUCCGCGAGCGUUGCUCGUGAUGCCCCCUCCCUACCUUACCCCCACCCCCUACCCCUAUCUGAAAAGCUACCCACACUGCUGCCAUAAUCCAGCCCAGAAACGCGCCACCCAACGCGCUAUCAGUGCUUGCGAGCUAGCGGUUACCUUACUGAUAGCUGACGACCUCGCCUGCGAAGUCUCCUUGCCUCAAGUGCAUCAGUGCAAGAGGAGGCUCUCUCUGGUUUGAAAACUCCUGGUGCUGCACUCGCGGCACGGCGCACGCCGCGCGCUGGAACACUGCUGAAAGUACUGUUGCGUUACUGCGCUGCAGCCGCUCCGUCAUUUCGUGCCAUACUCAUCGAGACGUCGUCGAACGUGCGUACGAUCGAAGAUGCCCCCCCCCGUCUACGACACCGAUCUCGCGAGGAUCAUCAAGAAAACGGAGGACGAGACCGGCCUGCAGGCGCCGCUCUUCGGCGAGUUGACGCAAGAGGCCGCGUAUGAAGGCAAACACUGGCGCGCUAUCGGCAAGGCAUGGCGCGGCCGCACCGGCAAAACGGCCUUCCUGGCCUACCGAGAACGCUUCCCGGACAAGGACAAUGCGUAUGCCGCCCGCUACGACGACUCGACGAAAGAAGCGGUGCUGCGCGGCGAGCACGACGAUGCGCUGAAACGGGCGGUGGCGUACUGCCACCUGAAAAGCUUAGAUAUCUGGAAGUACGCCUACAAGUUCGUGGCCCUCGACGUCGACGCGCCAACCAUCUACCAGCGGCUCAAGGCGCUCGACGCGACGCGACAGAAAAAGAUCUGGCGCUCGGAGCUGCAGGCCGAGGUGGACGCGCUGAAAGAGGAGUUCGACGGCAAGACGUUCUUCGACGACGAGGACGUGCAGAACGUCGUCGUCACGAUCGGCUUCCGCGAGGGCGAGGACGAGGGCGUGCACGACCCCGACCCCUGCCUGUUGUGCCGCUUCUCCACGGACUGCGACGACGUCGAGCUGGAGCCGCUCGCGCCCGAGGACGUCCGCGACUGGAUCGCCGGGCGCUCGCCGCCGGAACCCGUCGUGGUGGUGGAGGCGGAGAAGGUGCUGCCGCCCGUGCCGGAGCCGCCGAAGCCGCCGCCGCCGCCGCCGACGCGCGCGGGGCUGAAGCGGGCCGCGGCGAAGACCGCGAAGAGCGGAGGCAUGAAGAAGGUUAAUGAGGCGCGCUCCAAGAAGGCGCGCCGCGACAAGGAGGCCGACGAGGAGGAGAGGCCGCACGACGUCGAACCGGACGACGAGGCGUGGGCGAGGUGGGCUCCGUUCCUCAACGUCGCCGAAGGCGACACGCGCGCGACGGUCGUCGACCGCCGCGCCCUCCGCGCGACCAUCGGCAGCGGCGCCUCGCUGCUGCGCCUCGACGACGUCAAGACGUCGGUGACGCGGCGCAUCGACGCGUUCACGCCGCAGAACCCGCCGAGGGGCGGCGUGCCGCGCGAGCCGUUCCGCUGUCUGACGCGCAUUGGACUGGCGCGCUUCGCGGUCGUGGGCGACCCGGACCGCACGAAGAUGAAGCUGGUCGUCGAUUACCUCCGGGAGCUCGUCAACGGGCUCACGUUCGUCGGAAACUUCGGCGACGGCGACGGAGCGAGGGCCUGGAUCGCGCCGGGCGUCAUGGCGGGGCGGCGCCGCGCGAACUGCACGACGAUAUGUUUCGGCCACUGCAGCGACGGCACGCUGUCGGACCACAAGAAGGCGGUGCUGGCGUUUCUCGCGGGCGCGGCGGACGAGGCGUCGGGCGAGCUCGAGGCGGCGUUGUUGUGGUUUAUUGACUUCAUCAAGAACUGCUUCGCGACGCGCACGGUCGAUCUGGAGCUCGUGCUCUACGGGCCGGGCCAGGAGGGCAACGUCCACGACGACAAGGAGGAGCCCACGAAGAAGCGCAACGGCGUCGUCGUUGCCGGGACCGUCGAGUUCCGCGCCGCGUGCUCGGUCGACGGCGACCGCACGAUGUCGAUCCACGACAAGCGCGGCCACCUCGUGACGCUCCCGCGCACGACCGGUACCGGCGUGGUCUUCGUCGCCGGCGCGCACACGCGCCAGCGCGGCAUCGUCAAGCACCGGAACGACGCCGGCACCGCGCCCGGCGCGACGCUCAUCGUCACGCUCCGCGCCGACGUCUCCAACGCCUUCGAGCGCAUGUCGCCGGUCGAGCGCCUCUUCGCGCACGCCGGCAUCGCGCUAUUCUAGGCGUCGGUGCUUGUCUAGACUAAUAAAC